GAAAACGCCCCAUGCCAAAAAACGAUAGGCCAACUUUACCUGCUCCGCCGCGAAGCCAGUUCCGAAAAGCGAUCACUUUACAUCCAACCAAAAAGUGACUCUGAAUAACGAGGCAGUGUUGUUUAUACCGGGGCUGGACACAGGCUGAUUACAAAAGGGAGAAAACUUUGCGCAAGAUACCCAUCGGUAAUCACGCUGUGCAGCUCUAUUGAAGGAAAAACUCUCCAAAACUUCCUUCCAUCCCACGAGUUUCACCCGCACAUCGAUCAAGGUCAAUUGUGACUGCUGGGGAUCUGUCAAUGCCUUACGGAUUGUGUACUGGCAUAAUUAACUUUGCCUUUCGAGGGAUCUUUAAAUUAUGGCUGUGUAGGCUACUGUGAUCACAUGGAUAAAGCCCCUCUAUUACAGACUGGAUUUUACUUUCUUGUCAUUGAACAAUAAGCCGAGUGACACCAUGUUGGGUAACGCUGGGACUUACGCUAUGAAGAAGCGGAAGAAGCCCGUUCAAAAACCCAAGAAGCUCCCUGGAGUGGAUGGGGUCAUCAAGUCGAACCCUUCCAAGCGCCACAGGGAUCGGCUGAACGGGGAGCUGGAUCGCCUGACCGAUCUGCUGCCCUUCUCCGAGGACAUCCGUACGCGCCUGGACAAACUGUCCGUGCUCCGACUUAGCGUGGGCUACCUGAGAGUCAAGGGCUUCUUCAAAGCCACCAUGAAGAAGCACAAUGGCCCGAAUGGACAGGGCCGGAAUGGCCUGGACGUCGCCGCCCUAUCUGAGGGCGAUCUCCUGCUCCAGGCGUUGAACGGCUUCGUGAUCGUGGUCACCGCUGAGGGAUUGGUCUUCUACUCCUCUUCCACAAUCCAAGACUACCUGGGCUUCCAUCAGUCGGACGUGGUCCACCAGAGUGUGUACGAUCUCAUCCACACUGAUGACCGGGGCAUGUUCAGAGAGCAGCUUCACUUCGCUCUCAACCCCAAACUCUAUGCAACCGAACAAGGUGGAGACGUGUCGGCCUUGCAGUGCAGCAGCGACCAGGUGAAGUAUGACCCCGAGAGACUCCCCCCGGAGAACUCCUCCUUCCUGGAGCGGAGCUUCGUCUGCCGUUUCCGCUGUCUCCUGGACAACUCCUCUGGCUUCCUGGCUUUGAAAUUCCAAGGGCGCCUGAAGUACCUCCACGGCCAGAGCAUGAUGGGCGAGGAUGGCUCGCGGGUCCAGUCUCAGCUAGCCCUGUUCAGCAUCGCCGUCCCCGUCCAGACUCCAUCCAUCCUGGAGAUCAGGACCAAAACACUCAUCUUCCAGACCAAGCACCAGCUGGACUUCACCCCGAUGGGCAUCGACAACAGGGGGAAGGUUGUUCUCGGCUACUCGGAGCUCGAGUUGUGUAUGCGAGGCUCGGGGUACCAGUUCAUCCAUGCAGCUGACAUGAUGUACUGCGCAGACAACCACCUACGCAUGAUAAAGACAGGCGAGAGUGGGCUGUCUGUUUUCCGACUGCUGUCCAAAUCGAGUGGCUGGGUGUGGGUGCAGGCCAACGCCAAGCUGGUGUACAAAGGAGGGAGACCGGACUUCAUCAUUGCACGCCAGAGAGCUUUAGUCAAUGCCGAGGGAGAGGAGCACCUCAGGCAGCGCCGGCUCCAGCUGCCCUUCAGCUUCACCACGGGGGAGGCCAUGCUCUACGAGGUGGGCCCCAGCCUUGACGUCACGCAGAUCGAGACCAGUCAAACCUUCACCAGCGGCCAGCAGGAGGAGGUGGGCGGCUUACUGGGCUGCUUCCUCAACCAGGACAAGAACGUCUAUUUGCAGGACUCGGAGGCCCAGCUCCCGGUGGACCAGGUGUUCAUGGAGAGCCGGGCGCUGGUCAACGUGCCCAGCGACCCUUGGCAGGCCCUGCGGCUGCAAGGGGACGACGGCGGGAACGUGAUGAUCAAGGAGGAGGGCGUCACUUCUGUGUCGGCCAUGAUCAACGCCCUGGAGGACUUUGUGGAGGGCGGGGAGCUGGUGUCGGCCCUGGAGGGGCUGGACGUGGACCCCGGCGAGCUGAUGGAGUGGGAGAACACGCUCAAGAAGCUCAGUCAGGAGGAGAACGGCGACAACGCCAACCAGACCAAAUACGAGCUGGAGAGCCUGCUCAGUAAUGACAUUUUUGCCUACGUGGACAAUGUUUUGUUUAAGGAAAUCGCAGAGGCUAAUUUAAAUACGAGCCAGUCUAGCUGCUUUUCGUCCGUCAACAAUAAUCAAUCCGACCUCUUCGGUCAGAGGGCGCACUACUCUGGCUCCGGGGACACUUGUGACAUGAUGAUGUUUCAGUCGCCUACUGUUGGCGCAAACGCUCUCUCCCACGCCAAGGGCCUCAGCCCUGCGGUGGCGCCGCAGCCCAUGCACAACCGGCCGGCAAGCGUAGCGGCCAAAGGCUUGCCCCCACAAACCCCGGCGUUGUUUAACAGCACUCAGAAACUCUCCCAUUAUGGACCCGCCAUCCCUGAGGCCGUCCCCCGGCUUUCCACCCCCACUCAGCUGCUCACAGACUUUUUCAACCCCUCCGUCAACCUCCCGGGCCUCAACCUUCCCAAGUUGCCGUUGGCCAGCAACGACCUGCGGACCUUUGAUCCUUGUGGACAGGCGUCGAUCAGCCACUAUCAAGGGCUGGCCGGCAACGCGAUGUCCAACCAGAUGCUGUCCAACCAGACGCCGUCCAAGCAGACGCUGUCCAACCAGACGCUGGCAAACCAGAUGCUCUCCAACCAGACGCUGUCCAACCAGACGCUGUCCAACCAGACGCUGUCCAACCAGACGCUGGCAAACCAGAUGCUCUCCAACCAGACGCUGUCCAACCAGACGCUGUCCAACCAGACGCUGGCAAACCAGAUGCUCUCCAACCAGACGCUGUCCAACCAGAUGCUCUCCAACCAGAUGCUCUCCAACCAGAUGCUCUCCAACCACACGCUGCCCAACCAGACGCUGUCCACCACGACGCUGUCGCCCCAGUCCCUCCAGCCAUGCCCCCUCACCGGAGGGCCCGCAGCCCCCAUGGGGGCCAACGGACACUUUCUCCAGGGUUCCAUUCAGCAACCGGCGGUCCACGUGGCACCCAACGUGGUGGCCCCUGCGCCGUCCAACCUCCCUCACAAUGACUUUUCCAUGCCGGCCAAUCCCAGCGAAAACAGCGCUCUCUUUACUGGCAACUGCAUGGUGCAGGGCGGCGCCCCAUUUCAAACACACAGCAACCACAGAGCACCGCAAUGGCAGCCGGACCUCCAGCGCCAGCAUCAGCCUCUAGCCCAUGCCAGCGUGGCUCAGAAUUCACACACACUGCCAGCUGGCAGCCACAGCCAAGCCUUUGAGAGCCAGCGACUCGCUGGCCUCUGGGCACCGAACUAUAACGGAAUGAACCAGCCUCCUCCGCACCGAGGCCUGGCCGGCCCCCUGCGGACCAAUCCCAGCAGCUGCAUGCUGGACAAGCCCUUGCACCCGCCUCCCGCCACACACACCCUCGGCCACCCUCACCCCCACACCAACGGCAACCUGGCCAGCGCCAACGGCACGGGGCUCGUCCCCGCCAUGCCGCUGUGCCAGAGGGGCAACGAGGCCCCGGCUCUGCACCAGAGCCCUCCGAAGGGCUACGUCCAAUGGGGCCAGGGCCAAGGCAUGCCCCCGAUGGGCACCGCCGCCACGGGCCAGGAGAACGCCGCCUUUGGCGCGACGCCGCGGCAGCUGCUGCUGGCUAACAUUUCCUCGGGCGCGCCAGACGAUAUGGCAGCCAUGCCGCAUUACCUGGACGGCAACAAACACACACAGAUGCUGAGCCUCCCUACUGAAGACAACGAUCUGCUCGCCAUACCUCCCCUCGUCGAUGGAAAUAUUUACUUUUCCGAUCAGUCACAACUCAACUGUUGCAACUUCUGAGUUUGAAACGCAUCCUCUCCUUAAACCACAGCGAGGGCGAGCGAGGGCAUGGAUAACGUUUACUUAACAAAGCCCUUAUCAGUGCUGGGCCACGCCGCUUCAGAUGUGAUCAUCAAAAAAAUGUUAUCCUUAUAAUUAAUAUUAUGUACUGUAUAAAAAAAGAGCAGUAGCCAGUGUGCCUUGAGUAAUAAUGAAGUAUGAAGCCACAAGUGCAUUUAUUAAGGAAGGAACUUGAGCCAGCUAGGGACAUUGGCUAAGUUCCUCCUCUUUACCAAAGGACUUCAGUUUUAAAGGCAAUCCGGAAGGUCGUCUAUUUUUCUCUAAUCCUAAAGGACUAAAGUCACCCAUGGAUAAUAACACCCCUCACGUUUUAAAUGCAUGAAAUGCAUUUAAAGAGGAUGAGAAAUUUAUCUUGCUUUUUUUCAAGAAAACAAUAAGAAUUUCAUUCCAAAAUGGCCUCUCUAAAAUGUACAAAGUGCCACAUCUGCUAAUACCAAAUGGUGGCUUUCAUUUAAUUGAACACUCGUGAGUAUCACGAAACAUGUUGAUCUAAAGAUCCCACCUAGCUGACAAAUAAGUGUAACCCCUUACACACAAAAAAAAGAUAGUGCCUUUGUUUUUGUUUUUUUCUCCUUGCCCCACUGUAUAUAUAGCAUUUUGGAAUGAAACACUUACACA